AUGAAGCAGAAUUACCGUCGGGAACAGCAGGAGGUUAAGGCAGAAAAAAAUGAUAACAAAAAGGUAGAAGGAUCGGGAAGUAAGCCGACCGGUCCAAGACUAAGGGAAGGGCCAAGGGGCCCGACGUUUCCCCAGUAUACCCCCCUCAAUGCUCCUCGGAACCGGAUACUCCAGGAAGCGUUGAGCACCCAAAUCCUACCUGCUCUAGCGAAACGACCGACCCCUCCGGGAGCAGAUUUAAGUAAGCAUUGCUUGUACCACCAGAAUUCCGGGCAUGAUACGGAAGACUGCGUGACUUUGAAGGAUAAGAUUGAAGAACUAAUCCGUAUGGGGCGGCUACAACAAUACGUUAAGAGGGAGGACGUCCGGCGUCAGGAAGAGUUGCCCAGGAGAGAACAUCCCUGUACGAGGCCCACAAGUCCUCCAAGGGAUCGAAGAAGGGAAAGAGGGAGUUACAAAACUUACGAUCGUCCGUCGAGAAAUGAGGAACGACGGACGGAUCCGAGAGAUAGGAGCCGUAGCCCAGGGGAUGAGCAGAGAGGACCUUUGAGGGGAAUGAUUAACACCAUCUCUGGAGGCUUCGCCGGAGGAGGACCUACCUCCUCCGCGAGAAAGAAAAGCAUACGGGCGUUAAGAUACAUACACGCUGUGGACGUUCCGCGGAGAACAAUGCCGCCAAUCACUUUUUCAGACGAAGACUUCCACGCCCCAGAUCCCGACCAAGACGAUCCGAUGGUCAUCAAUAUUGAAAUAGCCCGGUACGGGGUGGGUAGAGUGUUAGUGGACCAGGGAAGUUCGGUCAAUAUACUGUACUAG